AUGACGACGGGUCUCAAUCUCAGACUUCAUCCUCUUCUUCUCAUCUCAAUCAUUUUUCUUAUUCUUUCACCAACAUUCUUCUCACCCUCCCAUGCUGAAGAGGAUGACGAUGAAACCAUCAUUGCGUGGAAGAGAGAAAGGAAUCAGUUUAAUGCGAGUAAUAAUAACUCAACCUUCAUGUUAGCUGCGGGAAGAACUCGCAGGAUUGACCCUGCCAAUCAUUUCCAGUACUAUGAGGGUGGCUGGAAUAUUAUUGAUUCACAUUAUUAUGCGCUCUUUGCUGCUGUUGCUGCUGCUGCAAGAACAAUAGAAGAAGCAGUAGUUAUUCUCGAACAGUUUAUUGGGGAUCUCUCAUCUGCCUUAGUUGGAGGGGCUAUGCUUUACACUGGACAAGGGAACUUUAAGAAAGCUACAGACGCAGUGAUAGAUAAUGUUGGGAGAAAAAUAAGUGAUGUGCUUGAUCUUUUGAACGGCGUGUUGAAUAAUCUUGAUGGGGCUAUGAAGUUAGCAGUGGGUGCAUAUUCUCUCCCAGGAGAAUAUGAGAGGAACAUUGAACAGUUUCGUGAAUUGGUGCAUAGUAAUUCAAGUUCUAAUCCCAGGGUCAUUCUGCAGAAUUUUAUCUCACAAGCAGACAAAUUUCUCAGUGCCCUAAGCUAUGUUCUUAUAGUUGUUACUGCUGUGAUGCUCUUCUUGGCAUUCAUUGGCUUCAUAUUCUCAGUUUGCGGCUGGAGAGGCAUUGUCUACUUCCUGUUCUUCAUUGGGUGGAUUUUUGUCACAAAAACUCUAAUACUGAGUGCUAUAUCUUUAGUUGUUAAAAAUGGGGUAGGAGACACAUGCGUUGCAAUAGAGGAAUGGCUAGAACAUCCCCAGGACCGUACAUCUCUGAGUGAGGUCAUUCCUUGUGUGGAUGGACCUACAGCUCAGAAAGCACUGGACAUAACCAGAAACACCUCAUUCCAGAUGGUGAAUAUGGUUGAUGAUUUUGUCAAAAAUAUAGCCAACAUUGAUCCGCCCCCCGGUGCGCCACCGUCGGCUUCAUACAAUCAAUCUGGUCCUACUUUGCCUCUCCUCUGCAAUCCAUUCAAUUCUGACAUGACUCAACGAUCAUGUGGUCCUGAAGAAGUCCCCUUAGAUAAUGCAUCUCAGGUAUAUGAAAGUUUUGUGUGCAAUACAUCCCAAGAUGGUGGGUGCAGCAGUGUGGGAAGACUGACACCCAAUUUGUACGAACAACUGAUGAUGGCUGUAAAUGUGAGCAAUGCACUGUCUCAGAAUGGUCCAAAGCUGAUUGACUUGAUAGAUUGCACCUUUGUUGCAGAAAUAUUUGAUGAAAUCAGUGAGCAAUAUUGCCCUCCCAUGAGGCGCUUCUCUGGUUUCAUCCUCAUUGGCUUGUUGUUGCUCUCAAUUGCACUUCUCUUCUCUGUCAUCUUGUGGUCGGUUUUUGUUAGACAGAGACACCGUCAAAUGUCUUCAUACAAUUUCCGAUAA